AUGAAAUUAUUGAUGACUUUGUGGUUUAAAUCAUUUCAGAUAAGAAUUAUUGUUGCGAUUGCAGUUAUGUUAAAGACCUGCUUCACUAUUACUUUAAAUCAAUCAAUUCAUUCAACUCCACAAAAUGUCAUUUCAUCGAUACCGCAUAAUCACAAAAAUAACUCAAAUUUAUUAGAUUCGAAAUCAUUCACGGUGAAUUCAAGUCUCAGAGUGGCACAGCCGAGACAAUUUCCAGUUGGAACGCCAUCAAGUCUUGUCUCUCCAUUUGACAUGAAAACGUUUAGUCAGCAACUUCUUCCUUUGAUUCAUGUUAAUAUGAAGGAGAAAAUUAAAGACUUUGCAGACACUUUUCAUACGGGGGCCGACAUAAUCGAAGACGCAAUCCGUGACGGUUGGAGAGAAAGUCCAUUGAAUCCACAGAACUUCAAACAUUUCCUGGAACCACCAAAGCCUUUCAAACGUUUACCACCUCAACCCGCUCAUACUUUCAAGAGACCGAGUAACGUUUUAAGUUCAAAUCAUCAUCGUCAUCAUUCCAAUCGUCAUCAUCCAAAAGCUCAGCAACACAAAGAGAAAGCACAAAAUCAUAUCGAAAGUUAUGGCGUGGAUGGAUUGAAGCAUGAAUAUGGAGUCAACGGUUUUAAACAUUUUGAAGAUUCAAUAUUGCGUGAGUUGGAAAAGCAAGAAGAAUUGAAAGUCGAGGCAACGAUUCAUACGCUUUUCGAGCAAGGUGAUCAAGUUCAAAUUGUAAAUGGAAAAUCCAAUGGUUUGGGUAAUGGAUGGAGGCCAGUUCCAGCACCCACGAAAUCUUAUGGUGAUGGAAAUGAAAUACAUUCGCAAAUUGUCAGCCCACUUCACACUUCAAUCUUCAAUCAUCAUCACACUGUCUCAAAUGAUGUUUCUUCCGGAUUCCAUGACUUUGAUAAUUUGAAUGACAACACCAUUCACUCGUCGUAUGCCGUGCACGAAGAACAAGUCGAAUCAAAAGUUAAACCUGUUAAAGUGCGAAUUCCUUCGGUCAGAAAAGCGACAGUUACGCCAAAGACGGAAAAUUUACGUUUGAACUCACGUUAUCGGAAACGACAUAAUCAUAAUGGAGUGAUAAAUACAAAAAAUAUUGCUGACUCAAGCAAAAGUGGUAGUUACAACAUACCAAAGCGAUAUCCAAAUCCAAAUUAUCACAUCUUAAGUUUAACAACAUCAAAACCAAAAUUCGAUAAUUCAACACCGAAAACAUCAAAGAUUUCAUCUACAACGAAGAGUGUAAUUAAUCUUCAUAACUUUGAUUAUGCUGAGUCGAAGAUUCAAUCAAAAACAACAAUCAAACCAUCAAAAAAUGUGAAGAAAGAAGUUUCGAAAUACGUUGACAAAGUUAAAUCAACAGGUUAUCGAGGAUCAAUAAAAUUUGGUCAAUCAGAAAUGACAGAAGAAUAA